GAGCACCUGACCAUGAGAUGAGAUAGCACUGAAACUAGCGAAGGCUGAUCUGCCCAUGCCCGGAAACCCUAACCAGUUCAGAGUUCACCUCAACCAAAACAACAAGGACGAUGAACUGAACCCUAAGCUUGCAAUACCAUCCCUGUUUGAUUGUCACGUCCAAUUCUCAUGAAAGCUCCGCAUCAGACUCAGGGAUAGAUUGACAGACAAAGUUGAGCUUGUCGUCGACAAUGGCGAUGCUGUUUAGAAGCAGGACCUUCGUUAAAACCCUAAUUCCUAACUCCUUCAGAACGAUCUCCACCUUCACCUUCCUCUGCCAGGAACCUCAACUUGCAGAACCCUCAAUCCCGGAUUCGACUCCAUUGCCUCCAAACCCCUCAUCAGGCAGCCCCAUGUACCAGCAGAACUGGAGGAACCCCAUACAAACUCCUUUACCGGGUCAGUCACUCGUCCCUCUUGGCUUCCUUCAUCAAACACCGUCUGCGAAGAUUCAAUCUUUAUCUCGGACGCUCGAUGUUCAGAGCCUCAUGAACGUUUUUGCUGAUUGGAUGACUUCACGGCGAUGGGCUGACAUGAAACAAUUGUUUGAGUUCUGGAUAAAGUCUCUCGACAAGAAUGGAAAGCCGAACAGGCCCGACGUUAACUUGUACAAUCACUACUUGAGGGCGAACUUGGAAAAUGGUGCAACUGCAGGGGAGCUCCUUGAUCUGGUGGCACAAAUGGAAGAUUAUAUGAUUACACCGAACACAGCAUCGUUUAAUCUGGUAUUGAAGGCUAUGUAUCAAGCGAAGGAGACUGAGGCAGCAGAGAAAUUGCUUGAACGGAUGCUGCAGACAGGAAAAGAGUCUCUGCCAGAUGAAGAAACAUACGAAUUGGUUACUGGAAUGUUGUUUUCAGAGAAUCAGAUAGAUGCUGCCCUAAAAUAUAUAGAUAUGACUCUAAAAUCUGGCUACAUGGUAUCAAUGAGGGUAUUUACUGAAUGUGUGCGGAGUUGUGGUAAUGCAGGAAGGUUGGAUACCCUCGCAUCCAUCAUAGAGAGGUGCAAGGCAAUGGAUCAAAAUAAAGCUCUUUGUCCAAGCUGGAACAUGUGUAAUUACCUUGUGGAUGUUGCAAUGCAAGCAGAUAACAGCAAAUUGGCUUUUUAUGCUUUGGAGUUUCUAGCUAAAUGGAUUGCUCGUGGAGAGAAUGCAAGGCCACCUGUUCUUCUCUCUGUUGAUGAAGGAGUGGUUGUUUCAGCGUUAGGAACUGCCAGUAGGACCUAUGAUGCUACUCUUCUAGAUGCAUCAUGGGCUAUCCUACGGCGCUCAUUGCGUCAAAAGAAGGCACCCAACCCAGAAUCUUACCUUGGGAAGAUAUAUGCACAUGCAUCUUUGGGAAAUUUGCAGAAGGCUUUCAGUACUCUGCAUGAAUUUGAAUCUGCUUAUGGAAAUUCUACUAAAGCUGCAGAUCAGGAUCUAUUCUCUCCAUUUACCUCUUUACAUCCAUUAGUUGUGGCAUGCACCAAGAAUGGUUUUGAGACCCUGGACUCAGUUUAUUUCCAAUUGGAGAAUUUGAGCCAUGCAGAUCUUCCUUACAAAUCUGUUGCUGCUCUUAAUUGUAUAAUAUUGGGUUGUGCAAACAUAUGGGAUAUUGAUCGAGCCUAUCAGACUUUUGAGGCCAUUGGCAGCAUCUAUGGCUUGACCCCUGAUAUCCAUUCAUAUAAUGCUUUGAUGUAUGCAUUUGGAAAGCUCAAGAAGACAUUUGAAGCUUCAAGGGUGUUUGAGCACUUGACUAGCUUGGGUGUGAAACCAAAUGCAACAUCAUAUUCAUUGCUGGUUGAUGCUCAUCUAAUUAAUCGGGAUGCUAAGGCUGCUCUCUCUGUGAUUGAUGAGAUGGUGAAUGCAGGUUUUGUACCAUCCAAAGAGACAUUGAAGAAGGUCAGAAGGCGAUGUAUGAGAGAAUUUGAUUAUGAGAGUGAUGACCAGGUGGAAUCCCUGGCUAAGAAAUUUAAGAUUCGAAUGGGUACAGAAAACCGCAGAGACAUGCUGUUUAAUCUUGAGUACAGCACUGACUACACCUAAUAGUGGGUUAUUUUGCCAUGAGCUCGUCUUCUGUACUGGGACUUCUCAGACUGACGUUUCAUUUGACCAAUAAGUUUGCUGAUCCUUCCUCCUGUUCUCCCGGAACUGCACAUCCCUGCUUGUAAAUUUCCGUUUGUACUUUAUUUUGAGAGAGAGAGAGAGACCCAGAAGGAGGUAUCCUAGGUUUGUAACCUCCUAUUGCCAUUAUUUUCCGUCCUUUUGCUUCUCCAUUCUUUUUAGGAAUAUUCGGAGGGAAUUGGAGUGUUGGUUAAUUGUUAUUAUCUACUGCCUAGAAUUCCAUAAUCUCGAACUCCUAAUGAAAGAAAAGGCCUUGGAAGAAA